AAACAUCUUCGGCUGCACGUUACGUCGGGAGCUUAAAUGACAUUUACUCAACUUGCUACACCCCUUUAUUUUUGUAACUUAAGACAUAGGAGUUAAAGAAAUUGCGGAUAUUAGUCCUACGUCUUGCUAAAUAAACUAAAACCUCUGAAUUUUAUUACACAGGAAGCUCUUAAACAAGCAUGAGGACUGUAAAGCCCCUUCUUUGCGUCUCCAAACACUUGGCUCCUCUCAGGUGGCUCUCCAAACCCAGAAACUGUUCAAAUGCCGCCAGAGCCAGCUCAGGAGAGAAGAAGACAGGUGUCUCCGACAGCUUCAGGAGGCAGGUAGCUUCCGGUCCGCGUUUUCAGGACUUUAUUAAAUCUCCUCCAGUGACUCUGGCUGUAAAUUGCGAACACACCGACGAACAUUAUCUUUCUGAGGACUUGGGGCUGCUGGGGGACGCAAGGAAAGUGUAUUUUGAAACUUAUGGAUGUCAGAUGAAUGUAAAUGACACAGAAAUAGCCUGGUCCAUACUGCAGAAGAAAGGCUAUCAACGGACAGCUGAUUUGAAACAGGCAGAUGUGGUCCUCUUGGUGACCUGCUCUAUCAGAGAAAAGGCCGAACAAACCAUUUGGAACAGACUCCAACAACUGACAGCCAUGAAGAAGAAACGAUUAAAGACCAACUCGCCAGUGAAAAUAGGCAUUUUAGGCUGCAUGGCUGAGAGGCUGAAGACUGAGCUGUUGGAGCGGGAGAAGCUGGUGGACGUCCUGGCCGGCCCCGACGCCUACAGAGACCUUCCUCGACUUCUAGCCGCCGCCACCGCCGGAGGUCAGCAGGCGAGCAACGUGCUGCUGUCUCUAGAGGAGACCUACGCAGACAUCAUGCCCGUCCAGCAUGCCAGUCAGGGCCGCAGUGCUUUUGUCUCCAUCAUGCGAGGCUGUGACAACAUGUGCAGUUACUGCAUUGUUCCCUUCACCAGAGGUAGAGAGAGGAGCCGUCCCGUCAGCUCCAUCCUGGAAGAGGUUCGGAUGCUCUCUGAACAGGGUGUGAAGGAGGUGACUCUGCUGGGUCAGAAUGUGAACAGCUACAGGGACACGUCAGAGGUUCAGUUCUGCGGCUCGGAGCGGACCAAGCUGAGCCGUGGCUUCAGCACCAUCUACCGAGCCAAACAGGGAGGCCUGCGCUUCUCCGACCUGCUCGACCUCGUGUCGCGCAUUGACCCCGACAUGAGGAUAAGGUUCACUUCCCCUCACCCCAAGGAUUUUCCUGAUGAGGUUCUGCAGCUGAUUGCUGAGCGACAGAACGUUUGUAAGCAGAUCCACCUUCCGGCUCAGAGCGGGAGCAACCAGGUCCUGAAGGCCAUGCGCCGGGGUUACACGAGAGAGGCCUACCUUGAUCUGGUGGACAAUAUAAAGCAAAUCAUCCCAGACGUGAGUCUCAGCAGCGACUUCAUCUCAGGCUUCUGUGGUGAAACGGACGACGACCAUCAGCAAACUCUCUCCCUGAUCAGAGAGGUGGGCUUCAACGUGGGCUUCCUGUUUGCUUACAGCAUGCGAAAGAAGACGCACGCCUUCCAUCGGCUGCAGGAUGAUGUCGCGCCGCAGGUGAAGCAGCGCCGGCUAGAGGAGUGCAUCAGCGUUUUCAGAGAGGAAGCAGAGAGAGUGAACGCUGCUGUCGUUGGCAGCACGCAGCUGGUGCUGGUGGAGGGAGAAAGUAAAAGGUCUGCCGAGGAUCUGUGUGGGAGAACUGAUGGGAACAUGAAAGUGAUUUUCCCCAAAGAAGAUGUUGCCGUUCAGGCUUCUGCGUCCAACACCGCACCGAUCCGUGGGGGAGGCUAUGUCCUGGUGAAGAUCCUGUCAGCCGGCUCCCAGAGCCUGAGGGGCCGGGCCCUCAGUCACAGCUCCCUGAUAUCAACACCGACCCCCAGCUGUGAUGGAUACAAGUGAUGCUAUAAACCACUAAUGUUCAACUUUAUACGCUUUUAUCGUCAAGAAUAGUUGUAUUUAUUUGACUAAAAUCCAGUUAUUUAUUAUGAUAAAUAAUCGUUUAACUAUU